AUGCUGAUCAAAGUAAAGACGUUGACUGGGAAAGAAAUUUCACUCGAUGUAGACGUGGAGGACAAGGUUUUCAGGAUUAAAGAGAGCGUCGAGGAGAAGGAGGGUAUCCCGCCUGCACAACAGAGGCUCAUCUUCUCAGGCAAGCAGAUGGCAGAUGAUAAAACUGUUAAAGAGGUAAACAUCGAACCAGGUGCAACGAUUCAUCUGGUACUGGCUUUGAGAGGUGGAUAA